GCGCCUGCGUUCCCACAAUGUUGCAACAGUGUAGCUAUUGUUUGCCAACCAGCGUACAGGAGUUUUCCGCAGAUAGGGAAGAGGAAACAGCGCUCUUAACUCACCACCCACCUGUUGAAUAUUUAGAAUUUUCUAUUUGUAAGUGAGGGUUCAGCCUCUACCGAAGAACAAAGUCGAACCUGGAAAGAAACUUUGCACUAAGAAAAGGGAGUCUUGCAACAGGGUGUCGUUCAAAUGUUUUAGCCGACAAAGUUCCUUUUUGAAAACUUUGCCUCGCGAGCGACGGAUUUACCACAAGUUCAAAGAUGCCUUUGGGACUUAGGAAAAAGAAGAGCAAGGCGAGGGAGAGCUCGAAUUUGGUUGAAAACGAAGAGGUUGGGGGGCACGGCGUUGGAAGCGGUGCGAAGUCUGUGGUCAAUGGAGCCGGACUGCCACCUCCGCCUGUCAAUCUCCGACCCAAGCUGGUGUUUCACACGCAGCUAGCCCACGGUAGUCCCACCGGCAGGAUCGAGGGCUUCGCAAAUGUGAAAGAGCUCUACUCUAAAAUAGCAGAUGCUUUCAAUUUGAGCGCGACGGAGAUUCUCUUCUGCACCCUGAACACUCACAAGAUCGACAUGGAGAAGCUCCUGGGGGGGCAGAUAGGCCUGGAGGACUUCAUCUUUGCCCACGUCAAGGGGCUGAAGAAGGAGGUGGAGGUCUUCAAGGCCGAAGACGCCCUGGGGCUCACCAUCACAGACAAUGGAGUGGGAUACGCAUUCAUAAAGCGGAUCAAGGAGGGGAGCGUGGUGGACUCUGUGAAGGUCAUCUCCGUGGGCGACCACAUAGAGUGCAUCAACGGGAGGAACAUCGUGGGGAGCCGGCACUACGAGGUGGCCCGCAUGCUGAAGGAGCUGCCCAAGGACCAGGCCUUCACCCUCAAGCUGGUGGAGCCCAUGAAGGCCUUCGAUAUGCUUGAGCCGAGGUCAAGGGGCACGAAGCCUGGCGGAGAGGGCAAAAUCGGCACUGGCCGGGGAACGCUGAGACUGCGCUCGAAAGGCCCGGCAACCGUUGAGGAAAUGCCAACCGAAUUUGAAGAAAAAGCCGUCAAGAAGGUGGAUGAUCUUCUAGAGAGCUACAUGGGAAUCCGUGAUAUGGAACUAGCUGCCACCAUGGUGGAGGUGGGCAAGGACAAGAUGAACCCGGACGAGUUCGCCAUGGCUUUGGACGAAGCCCUGGGGGACUUCGCUUUCCCGGACGAGUUCGUCUUCGACGUCUGGGGGGCCAUCGGAGACGCGAAGCAGGGGCGAUUCUAACCCCCCUCAGGGGGGGAACAGUCACUCCCUUAAGCGUAACGGACAGAGAGCGGCCUUUAGGGGCCGCUUUUUGUAUCGCACACUUUAAAGCUUGUAGUGUCAGUUCUGCAAUGUCACGACAGGAAUUUUAAGGUACAAAUGUGUUUAGUUUUUUUUUUUUUUUUGGUUAUUUCUUUUUUCUCAUACUGGUACCAGCUGACUUGAGCUGGUCACCGAAAGUACUGCUUCUCUGCUUUCAUACCCUAUAUCCACUUUUUAUUAUUAUUUUUUAAAUUUCUUUUAAUUGGCAUAUAUUUUCAGAAAGCUCUCAUUGUAUUUGCAUUAGACCCAAGACUGAAUUCCUAAGUCUUCAAAGCACACGAAAGCUCAUCGACAGUUUCUCUGCUGUCAAAACCGGAUCAUCAGCAUUAAGAGCUGUCCAGGCUUUCUCCCUCAGAGGGGAUAGCUCUGUUACUUUAGUAGAUGAUUUAGCCUUUGUUCUGUCUUCUUCAUUUAGGUAUGAUCGAUGUGUGAUGAACUAGAGUUCAGUCACACACAAAAAAAAAAACAUUUUUUAAAAUUUUAUGCCAAGCCUGGUUGACCAGGCUAUGAGAUUGACUAGGAGAGGACAAGGAUAGAAAGGUGAAAUGGAUUGUUCAGGAAUUCUCUUGUCUCGCAGCUUGCCUUAAUUUGAUGGGUGCUGUUGUCGCUUUGUGGAGCCAGCUUUGAAUAUUGUGAAAUAUUCCAUCUAGAACAUUCCUCAACAAUUAUGGUGUAUUUGCCAUAUUUAAGUAAAACACUGGCUAUGUGAUUAUAUGACUCUCACUAAGUUCAUUUGUUUUAUAUGGGAAUCCUAAUUAGUGAGAGGUAAUGGCACAUGUAUAAUUUUAGAUAACAUUCUUCUUAUUUUUAUUUUAGAUGUCUCCUGUACAGAUUUCUUAUAUAGAAUUAUGCCGUGAUAGACUAUUUGUUUUCUUAAAUUAUUUGUUUGAUGAAUGGUUUUGUGUUUUAAACUGGAACAUAUUUCUAUGAUGUCAAACCUUGACUUUAGAAUGAAUAAAGGUAAUCGAUUUUUCUUA